AUGGAACUGACGAAUGAGUUAAGUGAGGUCUCUUCUGCAGCCCAAGGCUAUUAUCAGAAGGAACAAGAAGAAACAGAAAAGAAAAGAGAAAUUGCCCUAAUAAAAGAAAAGACGGUCCGGGAAGCAGCAACUAAUACGAAGGAACAACAAGAAAAACUCGAAAAACAAGUACGUGAAGCUAAACGAGAUUUUGAGAGGGCUAUGGAUUCUAUGCCGAGUGGAAUGGAGCUUGUUGGAAUGCAUGUUGUCGAGACGAUAACAAAUUUGAUUUCCAGCGGUUCUUCAUCCGUUCUCCGCAAGUUAGGGUCUCCUUCUGACCCUAAUUCGCAGGAGGACUCGUCAGGAACAGGGCAAAUGCAUACAGUCACCCUUGGAGGAGAUCAGUUGAAACAACUGAUUAUUCAGUUGGUUGAACACGUUAAGUCUGGGGUCCGAGGAAAAGACCCAAGUGGGGCUAGAGAAACCUUAUCUGGAAAGCUCCAAUCGUUGAGGCUCUGGAUGGAGAGUUUAAACAAAGAUUUCUCUGCUAAAGAGGACAGCGCCUCAGGUAGGGAACUGGCGGAGCUAUUCUCGAAAGGAUUGGAGAUCUGCAAAAGAGCUGAAAAAUUAUCCAAUGAAAUUUCCUCUCAACCGAAAGAUAUGGAAGCAGUGGCCAAGGAAGCAUCAGUCCUAAAAGAAAAGGUUUGCAAGUUUUGCACAAAAAUUAAAGCAAAUUCAGGAGGAAAUCCAUUUUACACCAAACCUCCAAGGCAAGUCAAAACAACAACCAGUGCUGCCAAUUCCGCCUCUUCUGGUUUGACCAACACAGUUGUUGAAAAUGCACGCUUUAAAGUCGCUGAAGCAAGGGGUCUCUUGGAAAAACAGGAGGACCGCUAUGACAAAGCAUGCGAAGAAAUGAAAGAGAGCAACAAAAAGCUAGGUGAAGUAUUGCAGGAACUUGCACAAUUCAGCCCAGAAAAGAUUGCUGAUAUAGAGGAAAUUAGAAAGACGCUGAGGCUUGGUCUUCAAGCCCUUGCCUCACUUCGUGAAAAGUGGCAGAAACUGGUGGAGUUCUUCCAGUUUGUUACUAGUAUUAUUAAGGCAUGUCAGAAUGAGAGUAUUGCAAGCUUUGUUCAGUACGCUAAGGUAGGCCAAAAGCAAGCAUUAACCAACGGCUAUGCCGGAACCGAUUUCAUGAGAGAUGUCAUCUACGAACAAGUGAAUCAAGCAAACACAACUUCGUACGUGGUUUGGUCGAUUUCCAACAUGUACGUGGAAAUAUCCCGCAAUCACCUGAUGGGCCGUUUGGCCAGUCUUAGCCAUCUGAUCGCAUUGGAUCCAGAGAAGGAUCGACAUAAAAUCGAGGUGAUGAAGAAUGAGCUCUUGGAAGGCAGCAAAGAAGCCCAAGAGGCGAUAAAAAGGCUUGUGUGGGAGGCUCAAGAUCAGUAUCACGAGAAGGUUGAAAAAAGAAUCAAGCAGAUUGAGUCCGAGCUGAUGAAAGCACUUCCCCCAGAAGAUCCAUCAAGAAUAAAAGAAAUACAAGCCACCGUUAAAGAAGCCAUCAAAGAGGCAGAUGAUGAACUUGAUGAAGAUCAGUUCGCCUGA